CACAGGAGAGUCAUGAAGCUGAAUCUCCCACGGUUUGUGGCUUUUCUCUAGCAGAAUACAUGCUUGACUGGCUGCCAGGAAACUCGCUGGCAAACUGAAAGAAGCAUGAUAUGGAUACAUGGGAAGAUGAUCAGGCUGAUCAGCGCACUUGCCUUAUCUGUGGAGACCGGGCCACAGGCCUGCACUAUGGCAUCAUAUCCUGCGAAGGCUGCAAGGGCUUCUUCAAGCGCAGCAUCUGCAACAAGCGCGUGUACCGCUGCAGCCGCGACAAGAACUGCGAGAUGUCCCGCAAGCAGCGCAACCGCUGCCAGUACUGCCGCCUGCUCAAGUGUCUGCAGAUGGGCAUGAACCGCAAAGCAAUCAGAGAGGAUGGGAUGCCAGGAGGGAGAAACAAGAGUAUUGGGCCCGUUCAGAUCUCAGAUGAGGAAAUCGAGAGGAUCAUGUCGGGACAGGAGUUCAAAGAGGAGGCCAGCCUGCCAGAGCACGCCUGGAGCAACAACGGCGACAGCGACCACAGCUCCCCCGGCAACGGCAUCUCCGAGGGCAACCAGCCCUCGCCGGUGUCCACCCUGUCGUCCAACCGGUCGCUGGAGAUGAACGGGUACACGGCUGCACUCAGGGAUCAGUACAUGGGCACGCCCGUGCCCUCGCACUACCAGUUCCUGCCGCACCUUUUCAGCUACGCUGCACAGUCAGGCCUGCUCCCCCCCCAGCCCCGCAGCCUGUACCCCCAGUCGCAGACCCUCAUCCUGCAGCUGGUGGCGGCCGAGGACCUGACGCCCCUGGGCACCCCCAUGCUGAUCGAGGACGGGUACAAGGUGACCCAGGUGGAGCUGUUCGCCCUACUCUGCCGCUUGGCAGACGAGCUGCUCUUCCGGCAGAUCUCCUGGAUCAAGAAGCUGCCGUUCUUCUGCGAGCUGUCCAUCGAGGACUACACCUGCCUGCUCAGCUCCACCUGGCAGGAGCUCAUCCUGCUGUCCUGCCUCACCAUCUACAGCACGCAGAUCUUCGGGGACCUGGCCGACGUCACCUCCAAGUACACGCCCUCCGACGACGAGCUGCAGGGGUUCAGUGAAGACGGGAUGGAGGUGAUGGAGAGGUUGAUAUACCUGUUUCGCAAGUUCCACCAGCUGAAGGUCAGCAACGAGGAGUACGCCUGCAUGAAAGCCAUCAACUUCCUAAACCAAGACAUCAGAGGGCUGACCAACGUGUCCCAGUUAGAGCAGCUCAACAAGCGCUACUGGUACGUGUGCCAGGACUACACGGAAUACAAGUACCCCCACCAGCCCAAACGCUUCCCCGAAAUCAUGAUGUGUCUGCCGGAGAUUCGCUGCAUUGCAGGGAAGCUGGUGAACGUUCCCUUGGAACAGCUCCCCCUACUGUUCAAAGCAGUCCUGCACUCCUGCAAGUCCAGCCUCAACAACUUCAGGGCUGGGAGUUCUCCCUGUGUGACCACAGGCUCCGCCCCUGGAAACUGAGCCACUCCCCCCUCCAGGAAACCCACCACCUUCCCAGAGAGCAGCGGGGGAGGGACUGCACCCCCCUUUUAUCGUGAAUGUGACAAGCAGCUAUUUUUUACUAUUGUUUCUUUAUAUAUUUAUUACACGACAGAGCUGAAUGUAUGAUGAUCUACACAGUGCACGUACUUCUGUACAAAACAAAAUGCACAAAAAAUGCAUCGGUCUUUGCAGUUUACAAGUGUGUAUCCGAUUGUGAAAUGUUACGGUGUUGCCAUUUUUAGGACUAGUUUUUAUAGAUAUAUUUUAUUUCUUUCUGAAUUAGGGGCAGAUAUAUAAGAAAUGAAUUGUGUUUUAUUGAAAGACUACCUCAGGAAUGUGUUAUGGAUGUUUCAGGUACCCUUUUUCACUUUCUGAAUAGAGAAGAUCCCCAGUCUAAUGAUAUCUCUAUCGAUAUUCUUUUGCUCAGAAUCGGCUUUGGGAUAUUAGGAGUCCGCCACUUUGUGGCUCUGAAUCAGUGUUGUUUAUUCUUUAUUACCAAAGAUAAGACGAAACUCCCGACAGUCGCCAGUGUAAAACCAAAUAUUCUUGAAUUGCCCAGCGUUUUUAUACACGUGUAUAUACAUGUAUAUAACUACAUAUAGUUAUAUAUGAUGCGGUUAUAUAAGUAAGUGUUAGGUAGUCUGUCUGGUGUUGUUUUACUGUGGGAAUCCCCAUACCUCUGAGGGACUUUAACUACUACAAGAUAUUGCCUGAAUAUCUGUGUGUCUGAGUGUAUAUGUGUGUGUGCUAACAUCCCCAAACGUACUUGGAGUAACCUGUGGCAGUUUUCCAAGUCUUGAUUGAACAGGACACGGUUCAGAUAAAGGAUCGCCACUUCAUAAGUCUUGAGGAUGUGCUACUUACACAGAUUCACAGGAAACCUUUUUUUUAAACACCAGAUCUGCUUCUUUGGAGCGACUGGAGCUCGUGCUGUAAUAGCAGCGAGAUGUUUUAAGUUUUUUUUUUUAGCCCCCAUGGAGGAACCAAUCGAACCACUCGUGUUGGGGGAGGAGGGGGAGAGGCGACGCGGCAAGGUCUUCUGCCAUCGCCCCGGGAGCCAAUCGGAUCCACUAGUUUAUUCAGUGUUUUUUUUAAUGAGUUGUUUAAUUAUAUUUCAAAUAUACUUAAACAUUUUUAUGUAGACGUGACUGAAGCGGUGGAUGUGUCGGACUGAGGAGGCGACGUCUGCUAACGCCCCACUCCUCCACUCUCGUACACAGCUCUACCUCAUUUUACACUGUAGGAGUUUGUAUGAGCUCACAGUUCACAUCAGAGACUGAUAAUAAUAAAGAGAAGGAAUACGGGUAUUUUCUACAAUCCUAGACUGGGGACGAAGGGAGGGAACAAAGGGGGGAUGGGAGGAUAUUUCUAAUAUUUUUUGUUCUUAUGUUUUUGUUUUUGUUUAUGGUUUUUUUU